AUGGCGGGUGAUUGUGCAAUCGACACCGAGAAAUACUCUCUGUUGGAGGAUUUCAAUGUCGAUGUCGAAGUGGAAAACCAAAAGUUUGAGACUUUCUCUCUUUGCUUUUGGGUUUAUCUCUUAGAUUCCACCACAUACCCUUCUACAAUCAUCAGACAGGUUCACUCCGGCAUGUGUGUUAGUGCACCUUUCCUUGUCCUUGAUGAAAACAAGAAGCUGAUGCUUUUGCCAUUGACGCUCCUUCACGAGGAAGCUCCUGAUCCUGUCAACACUUCUUCUUGGACUGAAGUUCCUAAUGUUUCUACAAAAGCUCACUUUCCUCUUCAAAAAUGGGUUCAUGUUGGUUGUGAGGUUUCUAGAAACUAUAUGCGCCUUUAUAUUUGUGGAGAGCUUGUAGGAGAACAAGUCUUGACUUCUUUGAAGAGCAAUGACACUAAAUUAGAUUGUGCACGAAAGCUUUCGCUAUUUAGUGUUGGUGGAGAUGGUUAUAGCGUUCAGGGUUUCAUCCACUGUGCAGACGUUUUGGCCCCUAGUGUCCCUGUAAACAAUCAUUACACUGAGGAUCCACCUCUAUGGUUAUCUGUUGACAAAUCAUCCUCUUCUGGAAUUGAAUUAGAUGAAGAUGGUGUCUGGAAUAUCAUUGGCGGAAAGGCAUCUUGCCGGGAGAGUUUUUGUUUAGAUGUUGUUUUAUCCAAUGCUACUGGACAGCCUGUGCACAAGGACGUGAAGGUUGCGGCUUCUCUACUAUAUGCUGAUAGUGGGACGCCUGUGGAGAAGAUGAAGGACUCGGAGUUUCCCCUUUUGGUAAGCCAUGAAGGAGUUGAAUUCUCAGCGGAAGAUAAACCGUGCAGCUUAUUGAACGGAUGUGCUUCCUUCAACUUCAAAAUAUCUCAGCUUUCUUCCAAGAGGGACCAGAGGUUGUUCUGCAUCAAAUUCGAGAUACCGAAUAAGGCUUCUUAUCCGUUCUUCGAAGCUGUUACCAAUCAAAUCCGUUGCAUUUCAAGGAGCAGUGAUUCUGUUACCCCUGAAAGGUCGAACCAGGUUAACCAUCCUUUGAAUGGAGUGCCAGAAGUUGCAUCAAGUAACGGAACUUCUUCGGAUAUUGUACAUCCGUGUGCAAAGAGGAUCAGAUUAGGAGAAGAAAGGAUUCCUGAGAAGGAGUUCGAGAAUGGGAAUGGUACGAGUAUGGAAUGGAGCCAUCAGAACCACGAAGAAGAAGAAGAUGAAGAAGAAGAAAACUCUUCAACUGAUACAGAGAACACCGAAGUCAGAGACUCGACUUUCAAAAGAUAUACAAUCUCAGACUCGGCGAUUUUCAAAUACUGCCUUGGAAACUUAACGGAGAGGUCUCUUCUUCUGAAGGAAAUCUCAAACAAUGCAUCGGAUGAAGAGAUUUCGGAAUUUUCAGAUCAAGUUUCUCUCUAUUCAGGCUGCUCCCAUCACGGCUAUCAAAUCAAAAUGGCAAGAAAACUGAUAGCAGAAGGAACAAAUGCGUGGAUUCUGAUCUCUAGGAACUAUCAACGUGUUCAUUGGGAUAAUGUGGUGAUUGAGAUUGAAGAACACUUCAUGAGGAUAGCUAAAUGCAGCAGUAGAUCUCUCACUCACCAGGAUUUUGAGCUUCUAAGGAGGAUAUGUGGAUGCUAUGAGUACAUAACUCAAGAGAAUUUCGAGAAAAUGUGGUGCUGGUUGUUCCCUGUUGCUUCUGCUAUAUCCAGGGGGCUGAUUAAUGGAAUGUGGAGGUCUUGUUCGCCUAAAUGGAUCGAAGGGUUUGUGACUAAAGAAGAGGCGGAGCAUUCGCUUCAAGGUCAAGAAGCAGGCACAUUCAUUCUCAGGUUUCCUACUUCAAGAAUCUGGCCACAUCCUGAUUCUGGAUCCUUGGUUGUGACUUAUGUCGGCCAUGAUUUCCUUAUUCAUCACCGAUUACUCACAAUCGAUCACAUGUGCGAUUCCAGUGAGAGGUAUACAGAUGCGAAACCGUUGCAAGAUAUGAUUUUGGCUGAACCUGAGCUAUCUCGGCUUGGAAGGAUCAAAAGAAGCAUUUGA